AUGGCUGCUCCUGUGCCUGAACGCCGGUUCAAGAACCCGGCUCUCUUUGUCUGCGACAUCCAAGAGAAGUUCCGGCCGACCAUUUUCGAGCUGGAUAAAGUGAUCCUCACAACGCGCAAAAUGCUCCUCUCCUCCCUUCACCUCUCCAUCCCCAUCUUUGUGACAACCCAAAACCGUACCCGCCUAGGCGACACCGUUUCCGAGCUCAAGCCCCUCCUUCAGCAAGCCGCCGACAAGGGCCUGCUCCAGGCCGACCUCGACAAGACCCGCUUCAGCAUGUACCUUCCCGCGAUCGCGUCGCAUCCCAUCUUUUCCAGCGGCAAGAAGGCCGAGGUUGCCAUCGUGGGCAUCGAGUCGCACAUUUGCGUGACGCAGUCGGCACUGGAUCUGCUUGCGGCGGGUCAUAGGGUGUACAUCAUUGCUGAUGGUGUCAGCAGCUCGAAUAAGGAGGAGGUGGGCAUUGCACUACAGAGGUUGAGGCAGGCUGGUGCUAUUGUUACCUCCAGCGAGAGCUGGCUUUACGAGUUAAUGGGCGAUGCCGCGAUUCCGGAGUUUAAGGGGAUGGUGAAUGUGGUGAAGGAGACGAUGCGGGAUACGAGGGCUGCGUUGCAGGGUUUGCUGGGGAGUAAAAUCUAA